AUGGCCGGUUUUAAUAACCAAUCGAUUUACGAAAGUUAUACAUCCAAUAUUUCAUCUGACCAGGCGCAUAGUAUGGACUCUAACCAUGCAGACAGUCUUCAUUGGAAUCAGACGUACAAUAUAGACCCGGAUUACGCAAACGGUUGUCCAUUGAAUCAAACAGUUAAUAGUGACCCUAAUAUCGUUUAUUCUUAUCCGCUCGGUCAACAACCUUCCAGCCAAGUCUUUUUUUCUUCCGACAUUGGCCCACUUGACAAUAAUAACGUCUACACGGAUGUAAAUGCACAGUUGAAUACCACGGCUUGCGGAUACGUUGAACACAAUGAUGGAAUUAACAAUCAAUUCUCUCCGGCAGGCUAUAAUUUGACCGAUUACAAUUUGCCCGCCAUUCAUUAUCCUCUCCCCCAAACACCAGUUCAAACACCAUCUUCUUCCGCUCUUGCCAACAAUACUGGUAUAAUAACAAAUGCUGCGAGUCACGGAUGCGUGAUAAUUAUUAUGAAAGCAGACAUCGAUUUGGAAAAACUGUUGUCCAUUAUUCAAUGA